UAUAAGCAAUUCAAGAGAGUUUGUAUAUACCUCAAGGCAUUUUACAAUCCGAAUUACUCAACCUCGCUCGCUCUGCAAGAAUGAAAUCGUUUAAAACAACCUUUACCUUUGAUAGAGUUAUUCACAAUCACCCUUUGGACAUUCCUCCAUUCAGCAUUCCGUCACCCAAGAAUGAAAACUGGGAAGAUCAUUUUCAAGAAGGUUUGAAGCAACAAAGAGAAGACAGUCUGCAUCAGGCGGAACAAUCGCUCAGUCAAGCUUUAAAGAUUUUAUCAGCCUUGCCAAAUGCUUCUCACUUCAACAAAGAGAAGGCGAAAUGUUUUCACACUAUGGCAGAGAUAUAUUUUACCAGAGCCUCUCAACAAGUGGAUGAUGAUAGCAGUUUUUGUGAAAUGAUGGUGAAAAGUGUCGCUCUUUUCGAGGCCGAGCGAAUUUACAAGUACGGCCGUUACGAAGAAGACGAAAAAAUCAAUGCGGCCAUUUUUGAUGUGGAAGUGAAACUUGUUGAGAAAAUUUUCGGGUUGAGUGGUGUUGAACGCUUCAAAGAAAAGAGCGAUAAACGGAUAAUUAAUCAAGAAAAGUUAAGUGAAAUCCGUUUAAGAGUGUCUAAAGAGCAUUUGCCUUCGCUUGAAAAAUUUCCACAUUGGGGCUCAGAAGACGAAGAAAAACGUUGCCACGAAAUUGAGAGGAUCUAUAAAGAAAUUUUUGAUGACAUAAAGCGCUUCCUAGAUCACAUGUUUUCUUAUUGUUGUGAGAUUGCCGGUUCCCCGCCUUGCAACUUCUCUAUCAUUGGUCUUGGAUCUAUUUCCAGACAAGAAAUUACUCCCUACUCUGAUUUAGAAUUUGCAAUUCUGGUUGAUGAUAACAACAACGAAAUUCCGACAGAGGAACAACGCCAGUACUUCCGAUUCUUGACAUACUUUAUUCAAGUUGAAAUGUGCAAAUUAGGGGAAACCGUUUUGCCGAGCAUUGGCAUCUCUAGUUUGAAUGAUUUCUAUGGCAAGAAUAUAGAAGAUGAUUGGUUCUACGACGAUGUGAUUCCCAAAGGAUUUUCAUUCGACGGAAUGAUGCCGUGGGCGUGCAAGACUCCUCUUGGAAGAAAAGAAUGGCGUGGACAACCUCGACAAGAGUACAUUUUGACCGUUGAUGAAAUGCUGAAGCUCCAAGACGUCGAACCCGCCGCUUUUAUCGAGAAUAAAAAAACAGCAAAUGUUUUCAGCAGCGCCUGUCAUCUUUAUGGAGAUGAAAAAUUGACAGAAACCUACCGAGAGAAUUUGUCAGCACUCCUCACGCAAACUGAUAGAAUGAAAAUUUUUCAAGAACAAAUCUUAGGGGUGAUAGAAAACUUGAUGGAUACUUACUGCGUCGAAGGUUUGACUAUAAAAGACCUUGGGCGACAACAAGAUGUGAAAAAAGAAGUGUACAGGUUGACAAGUCUUCUUGUUGAACAGCUAUCCAAAUUCUUUGGAAUUUUUGGACAAAGUUCGUGGAAAUGCAUUGAAGAAUUGAGAGAGAAAAAUAUAUUAACGGAAGAAGGCGCAAAAAAUCUACUUUCAGCCUUGAGCAUUACAACCGAACUUCGGUUAGAGUGUUACCAGAAGCAAGGGAGACAGAAGGAAGCACUACCUACUGUUCCACAGGUAUCAUUCUCUGCUGAGGAAAGCCCUCCACGGCCAUUUACGACAGCUAUCAUUCGUCUUUAUCAAAGCCUCAUACCGUUGAAAUCUGUCGUCUCUCAAAUACUAACGGAGGUAAAGAAACAUCAGAAUUGUCUUAGCCCAUAUCAAUUGGUCGUUGCAGUGCUUCAACAGGUCAAUUUUAUCCAUGUUUCUCCAACGAUCUCUGCCGUAGCGUACCUACGCAUUCUACAGCUGCCUAAAGCGUUCGUUUGUUUACUUUCGGAGAAAGAGGUCGAUGUGGAUAGUGCCAGAAACGUAGAAAUAUCCCUCGUGCUAGCGUACUGUUACCGUAUGGUUGGAAUGUUUCAAGAAUCCUACGAGCAAUGCCGAGAAAUACAAGCUUUGUAUACUGCAACGCCAGAUGCUGUUGGAAUAAGUUAUGUAUUAACAGCGUUGCACUUCAUGAUGGAUUCUUAUGUUGAUCAAGGUCUUUACCAAGAAGCUAUGAAAAUACACGAACAAGUACAGCAAUUACAAGAUAGUCAGGAUUGUAAAGAGAAUCUCUCAAAAGAGUUCGAUCUUCUUAACAGCAGCGCUGUUCUUUUCAUGAAAAUGCAGCAGUACAAUAAAGCUGAAGGAAUACUUAGAAAUAUCAUUGACAAGUUAAAGAAUCAACGAAAGCACUUUUUUGACUAUUUCAUGUGCUCAAACAACCUCGCUGUUAUUUUGCUUAAUUUGGACAGAUUGACCGAAGCAAAAACUGUAUUGAACAAUGCUUUAGAGGUUGCCCGUGAACUUUAUGGAAAAAAUGCUAUUCACCCCUACUUCGCUCGCUGUUUGACCAACUUGAGCGAGGUUCAUUACCAACUUCGGGAUAUAGAGAAAGCAGACGAUUCAAUUAAGUUGGCGCUGAUUAUUUAUUCUCAAGUUCAUGAAAACCAAUUAAUCGAGCCAGGUAUAGUUGACGCACUGAUUACCAAAGCAAAAAUAUACCAGUUUUACAAGCAAUGGAACGAAAUGUUCGAUUCCUUGAGCAGGGCGAAAGAAAUUGCUGAGAUUUUGUACCGAGGCCACCCACAUCAAAAUGUCGCCUCCAUACAUUUUUACCUUGCAAUAUGUGAAGAAGAGCGAGGAAUGUACUCGGAGGCAAUGAUUCAUUACGAAGAGUACUUGAAAAUUCACGAAAAUCAAAGAAUAGAAAGUCAACAAAGUGGGCACGAUUGCGACACGGCAAAUGUUCUAAUUCGUAUUGCAAACCUUGGAGCCUCGUGUUCCCAUGAUGCUUUGCGUCGUCUAUCAUAUAUUGAAAAGGCGCUGGACAUAGAAGAAAAAGUCCACGGCAAAGAAGCUAGUCAUGGACAUUUAGCUAUAUGUUAUGGAACACUCGGGUAUUGUUUGGUAACGGCAGACCGUAAAUCGAAAGGGUUGGAAUACCUCAUCAAAUCCCUGAAAGUUUUCGAGGAAAUUAAUUUGGAUACUAAUAAAGUCUAUGGUAAUGUGCAGUUAACAAUAGGAAACCUCUUAGGAGAACAUUCCCCGAAUAAAGCUGAAAAACACUUGGAAAAUGCAAAAAACGUUUUAGAAAAGAUCUCAUGGAAUAAUAGUCAUGUUGCAUUACUUCAGGUCAAUUCUUCUCUGCUGAAGAUUUUUCUUCAGGAAAACCGAAUCCAGGAUGGUGUUGAACUGGCCAAACAGCAGCGACACCUGAUUGACAGGAUGCUGUCUGAAUCCUGUCCUCAUAACUCUCAACAGCUCUUUCAAGUAUUCUAUCUUGCAGAUUUUUAUGAAGUAACUGGACGACGAAAUACUGCAAAAGAGAUGUACAUUGAUCUGGUGAGGCGUCUGGAGGAACAAGUCGAUCCAACUGAUUCGGAAAAAGAUUAUUUAAUGCUUUUACUGUGGAUGACACAACAACGAUUGGGUGAAAUGUAUCAAAGGGAUGAAAUGUUUAGUGAUGCAGAAUCAAUGUUUCAACGUAUUUUCUCGUUAGUACAGAAGACGACUUCGCAACGGUCAUUUGUGAAAGAGGCGCGCCACAUAACUUUGUGGCAUAUCGCAUCCGUUUUUGCAGACACCGAAAGAUAUCCACAAGCCUGUGAACUGCUCGACAAACUUAUCAAUAUUUACGAGAAUGACCCGACUUCCAUUAAUGCCAAUAUAGCAUCGGCUUCCUUUUUCGUGCGUGGAGAAGUGAAGAGUAGGUGCCUUCGUUUCAGUCUUGCUCUGAAAGAUCUGGAGAAAGCGUUGAAAAUAGCCGAACAGUUCCGAGCGACGACAACUCGCAAUACUGUCCUGACAAAAUCGAAUGAAAUUUACUACGGAAAAAUCAUGAACGCUAUUGGACUAGUUUAUGAGAAAACAAACAAUUUAAAGCGCGCCCUUGAACACUAUCUGUGCUGUCUAAGUACUACUGAAGGGAUACCGUCGAACAUGGACACAGCAACAUUUCAUCAAAAUGUGGCGGAUACUCUGAAAAAAUUAGGACGACUGGACGACGCCUUAGUGCAUUACAAAAAAUCCUUGGAAAUCAGGGAAAUGUUGCAUGCUGAAGAUCCAGUUAGGGAAGACAUCGCCACCGUGCUGUACCACAUUUCUAUCGUCCAGUACACCAAGCAAAGUCCCAAGGAUGCUUCGGAAACUUUGGAUACGCUGUUACCGUUGAGAAAGAAACUUCUGAAGAAAGGCGCCCGUGGUUCCUUGCAAAAUUACUGCGCAGCUUUAAUUUUAAAAGGCAACUGCCACAUCGUGCGACCAGGUGAAGCCCAACAAGCAAAAGAUGUCUACGAAGAAGCAGAGAAAGUUUUAAAGCGUAUGACGGAAGGACAGUUGAACAUGGAUUACGCGGUAGUCAUAAGCAAUAUAGGAUAUGCUUGUGUGCUGCUAAAGGAAUGGAAGGAAGCGAUACCAAAGCUGGAUAGAGCACUUGAAUUAAAAAGAGCAAUUUAUCAAGAAAGAGCAACGCCAGAUGUGGCCACGGCUUUUCGCUUGCUUGCUACAGCAUUACUCGAACAUCAGGAAUACGAGAGAGCGCUGUCGCACUUCCAGAAAGCGUUGGAAAUGUUUGAAGUUUUCCAGUCAGCCGAUGAUGAGACGGAAUGUUUUCUUAAUAUUGCCCUUUGCUACAAAGGUAUGAAGAAUCCUAGCAGUGCACUUAAGGCAUUUGAGAAAGCCGGUGAGAUGUGUGUCAAAAGACCAACGAGUGACAGAAUGCGUCUUGGUGUCCACAUGGAAAUAGCUGAGACCUUCAUCGAGGAAGAAUAUGCGAACAAGUCCAAGGCAUUGCAUCAUCUUGAAGCAGCUGAAGAUAUCUUAAAAAGAAUCAAACAAACCGACACGGACGAGGAAAAUCUUAAUGAACUACAAGCUAAGAUAAUCAGCCUUAAAAUUUCAUAAAUCACUAUACGUACUAUUUGAACAUAAUUCUAAAAAUAUUGCUCUUUUUAUAAAGAGAUAGAUAGUUUGUCCCUAGAUAUGCUUUAUUGAAUAUGUAGAUGCACUUUAAUUACUGCUCUACGAUCUGGAAUGACUGAUCUUGUACCAUAAUUGUAUAUACACUCGAUUUAUUCGCAUGUCAUGCAUGGCUAAAUUUGGUACCCACGUACCCAACUUUAUUAUAGUAUUACCAAAAAAAGCCGAGCACGUUUGCAAUCGGUACGUGUACCCAUUUUAUAUAGCAGUGCAUGCCGUGGCAAUAAAUUAAGUGUGGUGUGAACGGGGUUUUAUUAAAUUGUUAAAAUUACAAAGGAGAGCUGCACGUGUCAUAACUUCAAGCACAAAAAUCUUGAU